CGGGAAUUUACCCUCGAAGAAAUUGACUAGGAACCUUCUUAUACAGAUGGGAUGAGCCAGGCGCUAUGACUGUAAUUUGCUCUCUGCACCCUGUCUCAUAGGUGGCUAAAACAUGGACGCUGAAAGUAGCCUGUACACUCCACUCCUGAGGACAAUUGAAGAGUCUCCCACAUCCCCAAUGGCAUCAGCAUCCAUGAAAAUCUUGACCUCUCUCUUGGCUGUUGCCUCCAUCACUAUUGGUACUGUCUACUUGGAUUCUUGUCCCAAGCAAUACUUGAUCCCAAUUUAUUUGAUUGUUUCUGGAAGCUUUACCCUGUUCUUCAUGAUGAUUUCACUAAUUUCAUGUCCCCCAAAUGAUGAGAGCAAUAUUUUGGCUUUCCAUAGAAUUGGCAGGGUUUGGAGAAGUCUCCUAUCACUGUUCUCCUUCAUCUGGUUUAUAACAGGAAAUGUUUGGAUCUACAGCAUCUAUGAGCCAGAAUAUAUUGACAAAACCUCUCCCAACUACUGUGAUAAAACGCUCUACUUUUUUGCUUUCUGGGCCACCACCGUCACAUACAUCCUCCUUGGGAUUGCACUGUUUCUUGGAUUCUGUGGCUUGCUUUCUGCAUGUGCUUUAGGUGGGACCCUGCGCAUCAAGAAACAAAGCAGUUGA